ACUACACAAGCACAAAGGAGGUUUUAGCCAUGAAAACAGUAACAUUAUCAUCUUGUUCUUCUUCUGUCAAGUCAAGCACCACCAUUACCACCAUGGAAGAGUACCAAACGGAAAACCCAGACAGCUGCUACUACCCUGGAUGCAGAAAAGACGCUAAUUGCAAUUGUGAAAUUUGCUUAGCCAGCAUCAAUGCCACUCUUGACCUAAUGCCUUUCAGCACAAAAAAGAGCUCCUUCACCAAACUCUCCACUUCUCGUCCGCGAGAUGUAGAGACCACUCCAAUCUCCUUUGAUCCUUCUUUUGUGUCCACACCCAGAUCCUGUUAUCGCAAGAUAAUGGAAUCUCCUGCUCUUAAAUCAACUGCAAGAUUGAGUGUCAAGGCUUUGGAGAAGAGAAAGAGUGAGAAGGGUUUUUGUUUUCCGGGUGUUUUAUUGAGGUUGGUUUUGGUCUUGAGCUUGUUUGUUGCACUUGAAAUUGGGUUUUCUUGGAUGGUGUCUGGAGUUUUGAGGCCAGUGUUGUCCCCUGAUAUUGUGAGGAGUGUUGGUGAAAGGUCUUGCGUUGUUCAUGACUUGAAUGGGAGAUUACGGUUCUUAAAGAGUGAGUUAGAGGGAAUUGUUCAUGGCAAGGUCUCAAAUUGCAGCUAUAAUGAUUCUAAAUGGGAAAUUAAUCAGGAUGGUUUACUCUUGAAUUCACGUUGUGUAUUGUAUAAAUCCGCAACGGAAGAGGUGAGCAUAUGGGGAUGGCCUUUGCAGACAGCAGGGUUGCUCACAACUGGAUUUUCUUCUCGGUCAUUCACUAUAUUAUCUGGUAGAGUCACUGAGUGGCCCGAUGGAGAGGUUAGAUUUUCAAUUAGAAAGGCAAACACUUCAUGGAUGCUCGAGAAAUGGGGCGCUUCGGUGAUGCAGCUAGAUCCUAAUACAUGGAUUCUGGAGUACAGGCAGAGUUCAAUAUUGGACAACUCAAGAUUGUUUUCAGCAACAAUGGAGCUAUUGAAAUACAGGAUUUCAAGAUGGAUAAGAAAGAUGAAUGAAGAGCUUUGCCUUUUUUCUGCUUUUAAAAACCAAUACAGAAGAUUAUUUAUGGCGCGAGAGCAUGUCAAGAUACCAACUUAAGAGAAUUAUGGACAUCAGCCCGUUCUCAUUUCUUGUGAGAAGAAGUAUUAUCAUUUUGUUUGGUAUUUUGAGAACCAUUUAAUUCAAUCUUUAAUUAGUUCUCUUUUAUGUAGUUUCGGUAACUAGAUGCUUUAAGCAGAGAUGAUUUCAAGCCCCCUAUUUGAUGUCUCUAAUUAAUUGUAUAUGAUGCAAAACUAAUCCAGUAUCGCAAUUUAACUCCACUGGAAAGAAAUUGAUUUUCUUUUUCAGUUCUGCUA